GAGCCACCCCCCAGCUAACGGUGCCCUCCAACACACAGGAGCCGCCGCCAGAGGCCUGCUGACUGUUCAUGGGCACAGCCCCCCCGCCUGCGGCCUCGGCCAUGGGCAGUGUGGGCAGUUUGCUGGAGCGCCAGGACUUCUCCCCGGAGGAGUUGCGGGCAGCGCUGGCAGGGCCGCGGGGCUCCCGGCAGCCUGACGGGCUUCUCCGGAAGGGCCUGGGCCAGCGGGAGCUGCUCAGCUACCUGCACCUCCCCAAGAAGGACAGCCGGACCCCCAAGCGCAGUGCCCGCGGCGAGCCCGCCGACUAUGCCACCCUCUGCUACCGGGAGCACCCCCGCGCCGGGGACUUCAGCAAGACUUCCCUGCCUGAGCGAGGGCGCUUCGACAAGUACCGCAUCCGCCCGUCCGUGUUCAAGCCCGUGGGGGGCAGCGGCAAGGGCUUCCUGUCCAUGCAGAGCUUGGCCGCCCACAAGGGCCAGAAGCUGUGGCGCAGCAACGGCAGCCUGCACACGCUGGCCUGCCACCCGCCCCCCAGCCCGGGACCCCGCGUCAGCCAGGCCCAGGCGCGCGCCCGCCUCCUGCAUGCACUCAGCCUGGACGAGGCCAGUCGCGAGCCCGAGCCCAGCCUGUCCGACUCGUCCAGCGGUGGCAGCUUCAGCCGCAGCCCCGGCCCCUUCAACGCCCCGCUGGGCCAUGUAACUCACCUCGGGGGCUCCCUGGACCGGGCCUCACGGAGCCCCAAGGAGGCUGUGAACUGCCUGCCCGAGCCACCCCCCCCUUACGAGUUCUCCUGCCCCCCCAAGGAGGAGGUGCUGCCUGAGGCCUGCGAGGAACUCAAGAGGGGUCUGGGGGAUGAGGACGCCUCCAGCCCCUUCACGCAGGUGCUGGAGGAGCGCCAGCGGCUGUGGCUGGCCGAGCUGAAGCGCCUGUACGUGGAGCGGCUGCAGGAGGUGGCGCAGAAGGCCGAGCGCAGCGAGCGCGUCCUGCAGCUGCAGCUCUUCGUGGCCGAGCAGGAGCAGCGGCGCCUGCGCAAGGAGCUGCAAGCCCAGCAGGGCCUUCUGGGGCCCGAGCCCCGCGGUCCGGGUGCCCCCGCGGAGGGCGACCCCAGCAGCCCCCGGCUGGAGGAGGAGGCGCGCUGGGAGGUGUGCCAGAAGACGGCGGAGAUCAGCCUGCUGAAGCAGCAGCUGCGCGAGGCCCAGGCCGAGCUGGCGCAGAAGCUGGCGGAGAUCUUCAACUUGAAGACGCAGCUGCGCGGCUGCCGGGCGCAGGCGCAGGCCCAGGACGCCGAGCUGGCGCGGCUGCGUGAAGCGGUGCGGGACGGCGCGGCCCCGACGGACGGCCCUGCCGCCUGCCAGACGGACGAUUGCAAGAGCCGCGGGCUGCUGGGGGAGGCGGGCGCGGGCGGGGAGGCGGCGGACGCAGGCCCCGAGCAGCUGCGGGCCGAGCUGCUGCAGGAGCGGCUGCGCGGGCAGGAGCGAGCACUGCGCUUCGAGCAGGAGCGGCGCACGUGGCAGCUGGAGAAGGAGCGCGUGCUGCGCUACCAGCGCGAGAUCCAGGCCGGCUACAUGGACAUGUACCGCCGCAACCAGGCGCUGGAGCAGGAGCUGCGGGAGUUGCGGGCGCUGCGGGAGCCGCCCGAGCCUUGGAACCCGUGCCUGGAGUCCUCCAAGAUCUGACGGCAGGGGGGCUGCCGCUGAGGAGGAAGGAACAGGCGCCUCUGGCCAGCCGGCUCUGCCCUGCAGGGAUCGAGGUCCCCCACCCCCAACACGCACGUGCGCACACGCGAGUGCGGGGACGCAGAGUGGGCUGGAGAGGCCGCGGCAGAGCUCAGCGCGGCUCCCUGGCGCCGUGUGGCCCAGGGAAGGAGGCUGAGGCCGGGAGCCGCGUGAUGCCAGGGCCACCAACAGAGAGGGAAGCUGGGCCGGGAACUGC